AUGGAUCGCGCUAGAAAACGUGAAUUGCGUUCUUUGAACGAGCGCGCGUGGGCCGGCGAAACUGAUCUGUUCGAGGUCAACAAGCCCCUCGACUCGAAGUUGGCAAAGCACACCGCCUACAUCAAGCGACUGCGCACUGCCGUUACGGCCGCCACCCUGCCCACCUUUAUCCAAGAAAUUCGAACCCUGAGCCUGCACCGAUACCUGUCCGAGAUAAUUUCUGCCUGCUACGAAGGGCUUACCAAGUUGAAGGCCACAGGUGGUGACGUCGAGGCCGGCGUCGAGAUCGUCAGUGCCCUGCACCAGCGCUUUGGGCCCGAUGAGUUUACCCAGCAGCUUGCGUGGCAGCUGGGCCGGGGCAUCGCCACCCUUGACAAGAGCUACCUGAAGAGCCUGCCUCCCGAUGUGCGUGAGAAGGAGGAGAAGCAGCGGCCCCUUCGUCAGAAGGCCCUGCUUCGUGUCAUCACGGAGCUCUGGCUCGUUGGCGUUCUGAGGACCCUGGACGAUGUUAUUCCCGACGACUCUGUCAAGGCUGCUUCUGGCAAGGUCCCAGAACUGAAGGCCCGCAGCACCAAGGGCGGUGGUGCGGAGCCCUUCCCACUCGAGGUGCUGAAGGACCUGUUGGGCCAUGACCGUGAUCAUGCAAACCUGCCUCUGCUCGUCACCUUUGUCAAGACUUUCACCUGGGAUAUAUUGGGUGUCAGAAAGACAGCUGGAACCGAAGGGCGCAGGUCUGCAGAUGACGAAGGCGUGGGCAAGCCAUCCGAGGGCUCUGGCGACAACGAGGACGGCGACGUGUCAAGCGAUGACCCCCCUCUGGUUUCACCUGAACUCCAGGAGCGCUUCAAGAACAUCCUCAAGCGCUACUUCGAAGACGUGAAGGCUCACCUCCUCCGAGACCAGAAGGCCAUCUUUUCCCAAUCGCGGAAGAACGCCGAGGCAUACGUCAAGUCCGGAGAGGUCUUUGAAGACCGGCAGGCCAAUUUCGACAAGCAACUCAAAGCUCAGGAACGAUUGGUCGCCAACGCUCAGAUUCUCGCCGACACCCUGGGGCUAGAAAUGCCGGAUCUGAAAGACCACGAGGCCUCGAACUCACUGGCUAAUGGAGGCAUCGGUAUCGUGAAGGCGGGCGAGUACCUUCGUGGGCAGGGAGACGGAGCUGGUAUCUGGCAGGACGAGGACGAGCGACGCUUUUACGAAAAUCUGGCGGAUCUUAAAGGCAAGGUCCCUGGUAUCCUUCUCGAAGACGCCAAGAAGAAGAAGCCCGAGGGCGACGACCAGGUGGGCAAGAAGAUUGAGUCUGCUGAGAAUGGUGAUGCCGCGAAGGCAACCGAUACUUCUUUGGACGACCAGACGACUGCUAUCGCCAACAAGACCAUCGGAGCUCAGGUUGAUGCCAUCAUCCUCCGCCUGCCCGACCUCACGACCAAGGAGACAAUCGAUCAGACUGCUAUCGACUUCUGUUUCCUCAACUCCAAGGCUUCGCGGAACCGAUUGGUCAAGGCUCUUACGGACGUUCCCAAGAAUCGCGGUGAUCUUCUCCCAUGUUGGGCCAGGCUCAUUGCAACUUUGGGUCGCUACAUGCCGGAUGUCCCCAAGGGCGUCAUCGAUUACUUGGAUGCGGAAUUCCGCAGUCUACAGGCCCGCAAGAGCAAGGAGUUCUUGGCUCAGGUCCGCAUUGGCAACAUCAGGUACCUGGCUGAGUUGACCAAGUUUGGCAUUGUCCCCGAGCACACCGUCUUCCACUGUCUCAAGGUUUGUCUGGACGACUUUUCCAAGAUGAACAUCCAGAUCAUCUGCGACCUCCUUGAGAAUUGCGGUCGAUACCUUCUGCGCAAUCCGGAAACCUCGCCUCGCAUGACCUCCUUCUUGGAGACCCUGCAGCGCAAAAAAUCCGUGCAGCACAUCGGACCCAAUGAGCGGAUGCUGAUUGAGAAUGCCAUUUACUAUGUCGACCCGCCCGAGAGACCUGCCAUCCAGCAGAAGGAACGAACUCCGCUUGAGCUUUUUGUCAGAAAGCUCAUCUACGUGGACCUGUCGAAGCGGACCCUCGAUAAGAUUGUGAGACAGAUUCGUAGGAUGCACUGGGAGGAAGCAGAAGUCCGAGAGGCGCUCGAAAAGGUUUGUUCCAAGCCUGGGAAGGUCAAGUAUGGCGCAAUCCACCUGCUCGCCUCUCUGCUAGCGCACCUUUACAGAUACCGUAUAGAGUUUGUCGUGAAGGUGGUGGACAAUGUCGUCGAGUCUAUCAAUGCUGGUCUGGAGCAAAAUGACUUCAAGAACAACCAGCGGCGCAUUGCGGAGGUCAAGUACCUGGCUGAGAUCUACAACUACCGCCUGGUCGAGCACGCCGUUGUUUUUGAUGUCAUGUACAAGAUCAUGACAUUUGGCCACGGCGGUCCACCAGUUCCUGGGCGGUUGAAUCCAUUCGAUAUGCCGGAUGACUUUUUCCGCAUCCGCCUCAUUUACUUCAUCCUCGAGGCUUCUGGCAUGUACUUCAACAAGGGCCCAGCAGGCAAGAAGCUCGACUACUUCCUCUCGUUCCUUCAAUAUUACAUCUUCACCAAAAACCCCCUGCCCAUGGACAUAGAAUUCUUAGUCCAUGACAUCUACACUGGCACCAGGCCGCAGUGGAAGCUGGCCUCCAACUUGGAGGAGGCCAGCAAGGCAUUCCAGCUGGUGCUUGCACAAGAUCGGAAAGCCGCCGGACUUGAUGGACCAGAGCUUCAAGACCAAGACGACGACGCUAGCGGCUCGUCGACUGAAGACGAGAUGGCAGAUGUGGAUGACGAUGAUGAUGCUGAGUUGGACGACGAGGAGGUUGCGGCGUCUGACGAUGAAGAGGAGGAUGAUGACGAUGACCAGGACGAGGAUCGGCGGACAACAACUGAUGAAUCUGUCGACGAGGCUAUCAUCGUUACUCGGCAGGAAGAACAGAUCGACCCCGAAGAGGACGCCGACUUCGAGCGGGAGUACGCCAAGAUGAUGUCCGAGAGUCUGGAAUCUCGGAAGCUUGACCGACGCCCUGUGUUUGACGUCGCACUUCCAGUCCGAUCGAGACCGCGCGAGGCCACCACCACCAACGAUCAAGGCGAUGGUGACUCCGAGGCCCCGAUGCCGGCUCCCAAAAUGGCCUUCUCAGUACUCACCAAGAAGGGAAACAAGCAACAGACUCGAACCCUGGAGCUGCCCACAGACUCCCACUUUGCGGUUGCUAUGAGAAGCCAGCAACAGGCGGAGCGAGAGGAACAGCAGCGCAUCAAGAAUCUUGUGCUCAACUAUGACCUUCGUGAGAAUGAUGGUGAAGAGGGUUCCGACAGCAGGCCAAUCACCCACCACCACAACCACCGCUACGACAAGGCCAACAACAAGAACCCAGGACAGAGAGUUAAGAAACUCCAAUUCGAGGACUUUGAGUGGACUUGA